UGCUCUGUUGUGGAUGAGAGGGGAUAAAGGCUGCCCUGCCUUUCCAACAACACGACGCCACCUUCAAUAAUUAGCAGUUAUUCACCAACGCAACUAACUGCUAAGUUUUAAAUCAGUCAUUUGUUAUUUACAGUUUGUUUGUGUGCUGCGACGCACGGGAGGCAGGUGCACGUACCACAAUCUGAUGUAGUAGUGAGAAUGAGCUGGUCUGCAGCAGCGAAACUGCACGCACAUAACGCUUCAUUCAUUCACCCUGGACUACUGCUCUUCAAGCUGGAGGCUCUCAUCGCGUCUGUGAAGGAAGAUAUUCAGAACAAAGUAAGGUGGAGUGUGAUGCUGGUCUGAUAAAUGUCCUCCUGCUCUGAUGUUUGUAUGGGCCUUUCUUCUCAGCCGAAGUCACAGAUCUCCCCUGAGAGACGCGACAAUCGAGUCCAAUCUAUCCGAGCAUCAUCUUCCUCAUUCUACUUGUGGUGUGACGGCACUCGCCAACAUCAAAGGAAAAGCGCAACCAAUACCGGACAUGGAGGACUAUGACGUUCGCUCAGCUGCCAGCAUCCUGGCUUCAGUGAAAGAACAGGAGGCUCGUUUUGAGCAGUUGACCAGAGCACUCGAGGAGGAGCGUCGCACACUGCAGCUUGGGCGGACCAAUCUGCCUCCUAACCCUCCCACCAGCCAGCCGUUAGCAUGGCAGCAGGUGGUGAUGCAGGAGCAGAGCCCCAGCAACGCCACUUCUAUGGCCAUGAUGCAGGAGCCACAGGAAGUGGUGGAGGAGACGGUCACCAUCGAGGAGGAUCCUGGGACCCCGACUUCCCAUGUUUCCGUCGUCACCUCUGAUGAUGGGACCACACGGCGCACAGAAACUAAGGUGACCAAGGUGGUCAAAACUGUAACCCUCUGCACCUACGACCCAGUGACAGUGGCAGACAGCUUGGUUGUGGAGUCCAGUCCUGCUACCAGGACCCCCACCCCUGUCCCCAUCAAUGCCCCAUCGGACAAGGAUCCAGUGACCAAAAUGGUGAAGACGGUGACCACACGAACAGUGCGUCAGGUUCCUCUUGGGCCUGAUGGCUUACCAAUGCCCGAGGGGUCGUCCCCAUUGGGAAGCUACACCGACUCCAUUGACCGGCGCUACAUGAAGAACGGUGGCGAUCGCUUCAUUACUCCUCAAGCUUCAUCCACCUUGACGCGUUCCUACAACAACUCCUACAAUGAUUCGUAUGGUGAGACGCCUGAGAGUCAGUACAUCCGCCACUACGGUCUGCACGAUGGCUACACUGAUUUGACAGACAACUACGGCAGCCUGUCACGAGGUAUCAACUUUCGGCCACCUCGCUACCCCUACAUGCCCAACAGCUACCGGCCAGAGAACAGCUAUACACUGCCAAUUCGCAAGGAUGACUAUGGUCACGUGGCCCAACCCCAGGUGCCUAUGGGGAGCAGCACUAUGGACCUGAAUCGCUCACAGCCUGAGCGCUUUCAGGCUGAACCAUAUGGUUUGGAAGAUGAUCGCCGCAGCUUCGGUCCCGAGGAUGAGGAGCCAUAUGAGCUUGAGCCCGACUAUUCCACUGCUAACCGACGCACACUAAAAGGACCCAACCGGGGUCGCACCCACCGGGAACCUCUUCGUGAUGUGCCCAGAGUCCGAGGCUACCCAGAUGAACCCAUUGACACGGAGUUGAUAGAUGAACGUCACCCUUACAUCCAUGGCAUGUAUUCUGCACCACUGGCCCAGCCAGAGCGGGGAAGCAUGGCCAGUCUGGACCGCAUGGGCGGCCGGCGCUCACCCUCGAUUGACAGCAUUCGUAAGGAUCCACGUUGGCGUGACCCAGACCUUCCAGAGGUCAUUGCCAUGUUGGGCCACCCCAUCGACCCCGUCAAGUCCAAUGCUGCAGCCUAUUUGCAGCACCUGUGCUAUGAAAACGAUAAAAUCAAGAAGGAUGUGCGUCAGCUAAAGGGAAUUCCUGUCCUGGUGGGGCUCCUGGACCACCCCAAGUCUGAGGUCCACCGCAAGGCUUGCGGUGCCCUGCGCAACAUCUCAUAUGGCAAGGACAAUGACAAUAAGGUGGCGAUUAAAAACUGUGACGGAAUUCCUGGCCUCAUCCGCCUCCUGAGGAAGACUAACGACAUGGAGGUUCGAGAGCUCAUCACUGGAACUCUUUGGAACCUAUCCUCCUAUGAACCCUUGAAGAUGGUGAUCAUCAACCACGGCCUGCAAACAAUGACCAACGAGGUCAUCAUCCCACACUCUGGUUGGGAGCAUGAACCAAAUGAGGACUCAAAGCCACGAGACGCAGAGUGGACCACCGUCUUCAAGAACACAUCUGGGUGCCUAAGAAACGUAAGCUCAGAUGGGGCGGAGGCUCGACGAAGACUGAGGGAGUGUGACGGACUCGUGGACGCCCUGCUGCACGCCCUUCAAUCAGCUGUAGGGAAGAAAGAUAUGGACAAUAAGUCUGUGGAGAACUGUGUCUGCAUUAUGAGGAACCUGUCCUAUCAUGUCCACAAAGAAGUACCGGGGGCUGAAAGGUUCCAAGACCCAUCAGCGCCACAGGCCCCCGGCUCUGCAGGGCCACAUAGGAAGAAGAAGGACGAUGCUGGCUGCUUUGGAAGCAAGAAGGCCAAAGAGGAAUGGUUUAAUCAAGGUAGAAAAAAUGGUGAGAAUGACAAAAACUAUGACACAUUGGAUCUUCCCAAGCGUACUGAGCCAUCAAAAGGUUUUGAGCUGCUGUAUCAGCCAGAGGUAGUGAGACUCUACCUAUCUCUGCUGACUGAGAGCCAAAACUACAACACCCUAGAGGCCGCUGCUGGGGCUCUGCAGAACCUUGGUGCUGGACAGUGGACUUGGUCCAACUACAUCCGGGCCACCGUGCGUAAAGAGAAAGGUCUCCCCAUCCUGGUGGAGUUGUUGCGAUCCGACUCUGACAAGGUGGUCCGAGCUGUGGCCAUCGCCCUUCGCAACCUCUCCAUUGAUCGCCGCAACAAGGACUUAAUUGGAAGCUAUGCCAUGCGGGACUUGGUCAGUAACUUGCCCAGCGGACAGCAGCGACCAGCCAAGAACUUGGAGGAGGACACCGUGGUCGCCAUCCUCAACACCAUCCACGAGAUUGUCACAGACAGUUCCGAAAACGCUCGAUCUCUCAUCCAGGCGCAGGCUAUAGAGAAGCUGGUGGCUAUCAACAGGACCAGUCAGUCACCCAGAGAAACGAAGGCAGCAUCCCAUGUGCUGCAGACUGUGUGGAGUUAUAAGGAUCUAAGGAACGCCUUGACAAAGGAUGGCUGGAACAAGAGCCAUUUCCAGCCCACAGUGACGGCAACGCCUAAAGGAACCAAGAACGGCAAGCCGGGUUAUGAUGACACGACACUGCCACUGAUGGAGAAGAACCAAGGCACCAGGAAAUGUGGCAGUGGUGAUAUGAUACCUAUGGAUGAGCUGGGCCAAGAUGGUUACUCCACCAUUGACCAGAGGGACAAAGACUGCAAAUACAAGACAGGCGACAGUUCAGUGGACCUGACAGAACGGGAGCCAUUAAAGAAUGACACAAGUAGGAAACACUAUAUCAGGAGUAACAGGCCUGCGGUCAGUCUGGUGGACGCUUGUGAUGUUAAGCCCCAGCCUGUUGAUUCCUGGGUCUAAAUGCAUGCAUGGCUUAAAGAAGCGACAGAGUGACACAACAGGAGGAUCUCUCACAUUACCACUGCCAUUUCAUACAGAGCUCAUGUUGGGAGCUGAACUUUGUACAGAUAGAGGAUUUUAAAAAUAUUAAUAACGCCGAUGAUCAGAACAGCGACCAGCAUAAAAAGAAAAAAAAAGAUAUGAAGUGACUAUUCCUACUGCUUUUACAUUUCUACAUUCCCACUGGACAGCAUGUGAAUUCUACAGUUUGGAGCGCUACAGUACUGGUGACAUAAAGGCACCCGAGGUGAAGUUAUGGACGUGACAAAGUGAGGUGGGGGACGUGAAUGGGAAAGGAACGUGUGAUGAAAAGGAAACCUACGGCAGGAAGGAAUAAUUCAGUUUUUGUGGGAUUUCAGUUUGUUGUGUAGCUUUGUGUGAUUUUUGUGAGCAGGAUUGGAUUGGCGUGUUUGAAAGUUACUGGAUGUCAGAUGGGGGAGGGGUGCUAAAGAAAAGGGAGGAGCUGUAACAUAGUGGACGAACAUGUACUCCCAAAAAUCAUGAAGUAAAAGGCUGAAUUAUACUACAGCGGACUCACUAUGCCGACACUUCUGACUGUGACUUCACCCUGUUAUAGCUCGUCAGCGUGCGCUGCAAUUCUGCACCCAAACACCAGCGGGCAGUGUUCCCCUAAGAGUGAGCAACCACAACUCUCGUUGACUAUCUCCUUAGUUCCCCGUGUAGUUGUCGUGAACGAUAGCGACUGAAGCGACAUCCAGAUCGUUGUUGGAGCUGGAACGACAGUAGAUCCUCGCUUUACGCAGGAGUUCAAUUCGAGAAAAUGAUAGGCCAAUAAAAAUGUCUGUUUUUGACACAUGCCUCCCACCCCCAAAAAAGUUUAAGCCUUUUAAAGUAUAAAAUGUAUUUGUACUCAUUACUAAUGAAUGAUAAUGUAAGAUGAUCCAUGAACAGAUGGAUUUAUUGACCUGUGGAAACAACACAACAAAGUUAUACAGUCAAUGUUUCAUUUUACCUUAACAGCAUGCAACUAUGGUGCGUUCAAGGACCGCCGAACAAAGUGUGACAUCUCAACUCUUGGCGAAAAAACAUUAUCAGUGAAGUAUAAAAGACAUAAACGUAAAAAUUGUGGAGUGGCACUUGUAUGCUGUACAUUUUCCCUUUGUGAUCACAUAUUUAUAAAAUAUUAGUGACUUCAGGUGAGUGUGAUGUGUUUUUGGACAAAAAUUUUAUUUAAUUAAAAAAAAAAUACACACAAAAAUCUUUGUAUUUGCAAGGUCACAAAUGAUUAAUCCAGAAUAUGCGCGGAUCCAUCCAUCGAUUUUCUUCCAUUCUUUCUUCCAUUCGAUUUGUCCUCACUAGGGUCGUGGGGGUAUGCGGCACAUUUUAGCCCAGCUGACUUUGGGCGAGAGGCUGGUCGCCAGCCAAUCGCAGGGCACAUAUAGACAAACAACCAUUCACACUCACAUUCAUACCGAUGGACAAUUUAGAGUCUCCAAUUAACCUAACAUGCAUAUUUUUGGAAUGUGGGAGGAAGAAAACCCACGCACACACGGGGAGAACAUGCAAACUCCACACAGAGAGGCCCAAAUGGAGAUUCAAACCCAGGUCUUCCCGACGAUCUGACUGUGUGGCCAACAUGCUAACCACUUGACCACCGUGCGACCCCUUUUCAAACAAUAGUCACUUUAAUUGUAUGCUACUCAAUUUGCUGUAAUUCUUUCUGUUGUUUUGAUGGAGGGAAAAAACAAAAAAUGAUGUACAGUCAUCCCUCGCCACUUCGUGCUUCGAAUUUUUCGGCUUCACUCUAUCACGAAUUUAAAAAAAUAUAUUAAUCAAUAAAUCAUGCUGCUUUGUGGUUGAAUACGGCCUAUUAUCCGUCACAUUUUCUAUUUUAUGUAUUUAAUGCCUAAAUUAAAUAUUUUCAACCAUAAAAGUGGGUAAAUGAACUGAUAUAUAAGUCAUUUAGAAGAUGCAUUCAAUGACACUGGGUUGAUGUGUAAUAUUCUACACUGGUCACUAGGAUUCAGUGAUGUUACUGUAAUGGUAGGUGAGACACACAAGCACCAGACUGUUGAUUGCCAUAACAACUGGCUUUUGUAGCAGGUUUGAAUUAUCUCACAACAGGCACAAUAAUCCCUAAACUUGUUGCGGCCAAGCUAAAAGGCAGCUCUGAACCCCCCGACGCCACUGCCUGUCAACUCAGCUCCCCUUGGGAACACAUUUAUAGCAACACACACAAGCUUGAGUCUUAUUUAUGUCUUAAAUGGCUUAUUUCCUGUUCUUAUGUCUACUAUAUUGGCUAAUACGAGUGUAAAUGUGACUAUAGGGGUGUUGUUUCAUGUCUAGAGGGCUCUAAUAAUGUUAAAAACCAUAUUUAGAAAGUUGUAAACAGGUUUUCUGUGCUCUAACUACAAAAAUAUUCUAUUUAUAAAUCCUACUUUUAGUUUUUACAGUGAGUUCCACAAUAAACGAGGGGUUACUGUACUAAAAAGAAAAUAAAAAUCAGCUCUGUGGUCUGUGUUGCCGUUGGAGCAGCGUUUGAAUUUUUGGGAAAUGCUCUGCCUGUGGAUAUUUUAGGGAGAGGAGUCAGUGUAGCAUAAUUCAGCCUUUCCAGUUCAUUUGCUUCACUGUGUUGGAAGAAAAGUGCACUGAGAUGCUUUGGAAUUAGUGGUUCAUUCUAUAAAGUGAAGCCUUUGCAGGUUGUGCUCUGGGCAAAAGAAAGUGACAGCAAGGCAUGGCUAAGACGUGUCAAUGAAAUGACAACACAAGAAAUGAGUGUCACAUGACAACACACUUGCUGGGCUUUUCUGAUUUGUGGCUCUGUGUCAGUGAUGCGUAUUAAAAAAAACACAGUAUCAAGAUAUGGCAAGGAAGAUGGCUGUUUUGGUCAAAAAUAGAUCUGAACUCUUUUUUUUUUCCAUGUUGGUCAACUUUUACAUACAUGUAUAUUGUGGUUAAAAAAAAUUAAGAAAAAAAGCUCAUUUGGAAGCACAUCUCCGAGGCUCAAGUAAUAACCUACAUCUGUGUCACAUAUAGUCCAUUUAUGCAGAUCAUCACUUAUUUAUAUUUCGAAUGUGUUGUUUCCAAGGGCAAAGAAAGGUCAAGAAAUGAAACUGAUGAUUUUUUUCUUCUCACUUAAGAGAAAUGUUCUGUUGUGUGCAUGACAAAAACAGUGUACAGAUGUGCAUAUUCUUUUCAAGUGCCAGUUUUUUUUUGUUUGUUUGUUUGUUUUUUGUGGUUUCACCCUAUUAUUGACAUGCAGCAAGAGAAAAUCCAAAUGGAUGUGAAUGGUUUGAGGCAAAAUGAAGGAUCACACUGUAAAAAAGCAAGUAUAAAAAGGUCAUAUAGUAUAUAUUUUUGCAAAGUUUCAGGGUGGUCAGUGUAGACUUGGAAAAGCAGCGUGAUAUGGAGUCAUAUUGCCAUUUUUCCACACACAACUUUGACGGUUGUGUGAACAGUCUCAGUCUUUCUCCCGAGUUGGCAUAUAGCGGAGACGGACAUUUUUGUAUCAUUCGUACGUCAUCCUGGCGAAUGGCAUGUGCCUGCAUUGACGUUUUUCUUUGUGACGUGAUUUUCUAAGAGCUUGCAUAUUUUACACAGUGUUUACAAAGGUGUGUGUUAUGUUAAAACUCAAUAAACGACAAAAAAAUAAAAAUAAAACAACCUGUAUCAAUAAGUCCAGAGUUAAAAAUAUAAUAAGACCCAACGUCUCUUUUGUUGGUCCUCAGAAGUGUGUGUUUUCAUCUUAAAAUACGUGUGACCGGCUGUCCUUGACUGCCUCUGCAGCACCGCGACCAAAGCAGUUGUAUUAACAUGAACAGAAGCAUGUGUUGGUUGUGUGACAGUGUGCAUUUAUGAAAUGAAGCGCCACACAACUGUGCUGUUUAAACACACAACAGGACGCGGACACACACAUCGAAUCAAGCCUACCAGUCAGUGUAGAUAUAACUGAUUCAAGUUUGUCAAAAUAAAGUCAGUGUACUUCUCAGUAGCAGACGUGUUUGUACCUAUCAUGUGCCUUAAUCUUUUCCAUGCUAGAUAAAGAUGUGUGUUUUUGUAUAACCUUAUUCCUCCCCUCUCUUAUGCAGUGAGGGGGAUAAUUAUUUGAUCCCCUGCUGGUUUUGUAAGUUCAUUCAUAAAUAAAUUAGUAUUUGAUUGAGAAAAAUAAAGCAAAACAUAGUGGUGGAGACACCCUUGUUAGCAAGCACAGAUGUCCACGCUCUCUAAAGACUAAUAGUUUUGGGGCUGUUGCUUGGCAACUUGAAGUUUUUGCUCCCUUCACAUCUUUUUUGCCUUUUUCGGUCAUGGUCAUGGCAGAUCCAUCCACAACCUAAAGGUGAGAGUAAUGUAAUGAUAGACACAGGGCAAUGCAAAUUAAUAAUAACCUUCAUUGAAAUGAUGUUCUUUAUCUCUGUGUAUAUAUAUUUGUAAGAGGUUAAACUUUCAAAAUCAGCAGAGGAUCCAAUGAUUAUUUCCUCCACUCUAUCACACUGGUCUCAUCCAUGCAAUGCCCUCUCCCACCUUCCCCCAACUCCUAGUAGUUUAGGCUGUGGGUUUCUGCCUUGUAAAGCAUUGUAUAUUUUAAAGUUUUACAAAAGUUAGGAUCAAUCAAAACGGUUUUAAUUUUCCUAGACGAGUGAAUUUGUUCAUGCUUUAGUAGCGAGAAGAAGCGAUGCCACAGUGACAGAAUGUAUUACUUUAAUCUUACUAAUACCCACAUGCAGAUAUUACACUUGUUAAACAUAACAGAAACAUGCUGGUUUGUAGAGUAUACAUUUGGUGUGUUUUCAAUAAAUCAUGCCUGGAAAGAUA